GUCAAAGGAUAGAGUACUUCUCAACGGCCGUAAAAUAAACUCACACUAACAAAAUGAACUUCAACAAAAUUUUUGUUCUUCUGGCUGUGUUCAUUGCCGUCUUCGCCGCACAAACCGAGGCAGGAUGGUUGAAAAAGAUUGGCAAGAAAAUUGAGCGCGUUGGUCAACAUACACGAGAUGCCACCAUCCAGACCAUCGCUGUGGCGCAACAGGCAGCCAAUGUUGCAGCAACUGUAAAAGGAUGAACUGAAGAUGUGUGGAAGUUGCAACAAAAGCAUUUAUGUACCUUAAUUAAGUUUAAUAUUUAUUUAUUUAGAUAAUUUUGUGACUGAAAUACCGAAAUAAAGUUGAGAAUGAAAUCAAGUUUUUCCAAGAUUUA